UGUGUAGCAGGGGGUGGGCGGGGCCAGGCUGCAGGAAAGAUGGCGGCUCGCAGGGUACACGAGUUGGGCGCUCUGUCAUGGCGCCUGGCCGGGCAAUGGAGGGUUGGUGUGGCCGGUCUAGGUAGUGGGCUGGCAGCUGGUGGCACUGUACAGGGCUGCAGAGGAUAUGUGUGUGUGCAGAGCCCGAGGAGCCCUCUAUUUACCUCUCCACACACAGGGCUCACCCCUCUCAGUGCUGGCUGCAGAGGGUACAGGACAGGCUGGAGGGGGCAGGAGGAGGGCAGAGAGGGCAGGAGGGGGUGGGGGGUGAUGGUCGCUGUAGGUGGAGCCCUGGGGGUCAUACACUCCAUGAACUAUGUCCUGGGGGAGCAGAAGACCGAGGAGGAGGAGACACAGGUCCCAGUGGGUGGCGUACAGCUCACACUCUACCAGUACAAGACCUGUCCCUUCUGUAGUAAGGUGCGAGCCUUCCUGGACUAUCACCAGCUGCCGCAUGAGAUAGUGGAAGUCAACCCAGUCAUGAGGAAAGAGAUUAAAUUCUCCUCCUAUAGAAAGGUUCCCAUCCUUUUGGCUAACGCUGGCUGCCCUAUUCAACUAAAUGACUCUUCUGUUAUCAUCAGUGCUAUGAAAACCUUCAUUAUCUCUAAGCAGAAAAGUUUGGAAGAGAUUGUGUCUUAUUAUCCAACUAUAAAAACAGAUGAAAAGGGGAAAGCGGUGACAGAGUAUCAGAACAGAUACUGGCUCAUGCUGGAUGAGCAGGAAACCAAGCAAGUGUAUGCUUCUAAGGAGGCACAGACGGAAGAGAUGAAAUGGCGGCGAUGGGUCGAUGACUGGCUGGUUCACCUAAUUUCACCCAAUGUUUACCGCUCCCCAGGAGAAGCACUUUCAUCAUUUGACUACAUUGUACGUGAAGGGAACUUCGGCUCUGUGGAAGGCCUUUUUGCUAAAUAUGUGGGAGCAGCAGCCAUGUUUUUCAUUGGCAAGAGGCUAAAAAAAAGGCACAACUUGCAAGACGAUGUGCGGCAGGACCUAUACAAAGCUGCUGACACCUGGGUUAAAGCUGUGGGGAAGGACAAAAAGUUCCUGGGAGGCUCUGAGCCAAAUCUGGCAGAUCUGGCUGUAUAUGGGGUCCUGAGAGUUAUGGAGGGAUUGAAAGCCUUUGAUGAUAUGAUGGCAAAUACCAAGAUAAAACCAUGGUACCAAAGAAUGACCAACGCCAUACAAGAAAAAGCUGCUUUGCACUGAGAAAAAAA